AUGGGAACUGGACCCGAGAAGGGAGAUCGUCAAUUUAUCUGCACCAACACUGCGCCUCUGGUUGACGCAGUCGAGACACCUUUCUACCAAUUCCCGAAGGCGAAUGUCUCUAGCAAUGGAACUACUUAUAUGGGUGUUCGUGACCAUAUGACAUACCGUUUCCUCGGAAUUCCAUAUAUGCUCCAGCCAGUCGGUGAUCUUCGCCUUGCAUAUCCUAUCCAGUGGUAUACGAACGAGACCGAUUAUGUUAUGAAUGCCACUACCUAUGGUCCAACAUGCCCGGCCGACUAUGGCUACUUCGAUGGCAACUCAUAUGGUCUCAACCCUUGGGGUAACUCCGAGGCAUGCCUUUUGAUGAAUAUUUUUACUCCGUUCCUGCCAGGGACCGAGAAUCCCAAGAGUGAAUUGCUCAAGCCUGUCAUGUUCUGGCUGCACGGUGGAGGAGGCACUGCUACUGAUCCCACUUCUGAUGGUGCCAGUUUGACUUCUCGUUCCGACGUGAUCCUUGUCAGCAUCAAUUGGCGUGGUGGCAACUUUGGAGACAUCUCUUUCAAUGAUGGCUAUGUUGACGGCAAUUACGGCAUUGCGGAUAUUGUCUCCGGACUACAAUGGGUCAAGGAUCACAUUAAAGCGUUUGGCGGGGAUCCGGACAAAGUGACUGUAUUCGGCCAAAGCGCAGGAGGAGAGAGUGUUAUGAACAUGGUCAGAUCGCCCAAGGCGGCUGGUCUCUUUCAUGCGGCGAUCCUCCACAGCGCUGCUCUUGGGCCUGUCCUCACUCAAGAGGAGGUCGUCAAUGUGACAGUUCCCGCUGUAGCAGCUGUAUGUGGAGAUGCCAUCGGCGCCGAGCGUCUUUCUUGCCUGCGGGGUUUGAGUCUUGACGAAUUUAUGAACAACAUCACCUUCAAUGUCGGCUCUGGGUACGACAAUUACGACGAGGGUGCUAUAAUUGAUGGUAUUUGGAUUGCCAACCAAUCUGUUGCUGCUGCUCGAAAUGGUCAGCUGAACAAAAUUCAUUUCAUGUCUGGGUCAAUGCCCGAGGAGGGAGAAUCCCUAUUGGGAACAACUAUUUUACAGAAUGCUACCGACUUUAAUGCGACGCUCUACUCUCUCGCUGGAUCCCAAUAUCCCGAAGACUGGCCCGCACUAGUUGAGAAGUCAGGCCAGUGGAACAACGGCUCAAAUCCAAUCAAUGCUUACAAUAGCACAAUAAAUGCCUUCACUACAGUCCACCUAACGUGUCCCGGUCAACAAUUCAUCAAAGCCGCUUACGAAGCGAAGUCCUUCAAGUCCUACUACUAUUAUAAUAAUCUACGAGCCUAUGCUCUGUCAUAUUACGAUCCAUAUGGCACCUGCACUUUCCCCAUCGGAGAACCAGACACGCUCUACUACCGUUGCCAUUCAGGUGAUCUCUACGAGAUCUUCGGCUCCUACUAUAUAUUCGAUCAGCCAAUUCGAACACCUGCUGAUAUCGGCCACACCAACCUACAGCAAGACAUGUGGGGUGCCUUUGCUCGCACGGGAAACCCCAAUCCGCCUAAAGACUACUUGAAGGCGCGGGGUUAUGAGGACUCUUUGGCUGUCUUUGAGAAUUUUUCGUGGCAUGGAUACGAUGGGCACUCUGCUAUGAAUAUUGAUUACCCUGAUCCGUCCAAUGGUGAGAUGCCUUGGGCUGAUAAGUGUAAGGUCGUGGAAGAGCUGUAUCAUCUUCCUUGA